AUGUCCGUAUCCCGCAAAGCCAACAGAACGCCGCCAGCAAGAAUACGUCCAACCCCAAGCCCUCGCAAAGAACACCAUAAGAAUGCCAUCCAGCCACCCAAGUCCCCUCUUCCCCCUAAUCCCCAAACCCUCGCACCCUUUACGCCACAGCCAUUGGUCGCCCACCCGUCCUCAUGGAAGCGAAGCGGACACGGCAACCCCAGAUAG